AUGUCAUUAUCAUCUGCGCGCCUUGCGCAGCUAAUUAAAAAUUCUAGAGUGGCCCAGGUUCCCCGUAACGGUAAACCUUUGGUUCAAACAGGCCCUCGUUACCAUCCAACACAUCAGAUUAUUGAAACUAAACCAUCCACAUUAGAUCGUCAGGAAUGGGGUUUAAAAUCUUCAAUUCCAUCAAAAGUUAAAUCUCGCUAUUUGAUCUUUAACGAUCUGGACACUUUAGAGCGUAUAACGACUUUUGAACCAAACGGCGGGGCUCAAUGGAAUAGACUACGGUUUCAAGAAUUAGGUAUAGCACCUAAAUACAAUCCAGGCAAGGCAAAUCCAUUGUUCCAGGGGUCAAGCUCUCAUGCGGACCAGUUAGCUCCAUUCUCAUCAAUUCUUAAUGUAAAUUCAGGUAAUGCAACAACGCAAAAGGUCGUUAACUCAAGAUUACCAUCCGUUAAGGCCAUGCGUAAUGAAUUCAAGCAGUGGUUAUUAUCCAAGGAUCCAGAAGCUCUGAAGAAUAAAUCUUUUACCCCCAGGGACUUGCACAGUUUCGCGGUACAAUUUUUAUCGGAAAGAGGAUUUGGUAAUGGUGAUUCUAAACGCUUAAACAAGGCUACUAUGAAAAACGUAGUUGGUACUGGUGGUUUAACUUAUAGUCUUCCGGGAAAGCUGAAGAACUCUCCAAACGGUGUCGUGGCAAAGAAUAUCGUUCCAGGUAGAUUCUUAAACAUUGAUGGUAAUGAUCGUCUAGCUGCCAUUGGUGGGUUUGUCGCCAAUGCUAGUUCAUCUUCUCCAAUGACGUCUCAAGUAGACUACAAUAUGGGCGAUUUUGUGAGAGAAUUGACUUUCCCAUUCGAAGUUCAACAAGCUUCAGUGGAGGAUAACGGUAGAGUCAUGCUAAGAGCUAAAGUGGUUAGUGGUAUAAGCCCCAGAGCUAGAUUACAAAUGUCUGGUAGAAAUUACCAACAAAGACCUUUAAGAACUGGUGGUAGACACCCUGCAGUACGUGCUGAAGAUUCUACCAAACAUGCAGAAGAAUUGUUAAGCAUUUUGACUAAUUUCGAUAAAUAA